AUGGGACAUGAGGAGCAUGGAGGGACUUGGCACAUGGACGCAGCUCAACUGGAUACGCAAAGGAAGAAGGGAGAAGCCAUCUUGAAGACCAGCUCGACCGUCUACUCGACCAACCGGUCGAGUUCCUCAACUCGACCGGCCAAGCUUCAACUCGAUCGAGCUGAGAACCUUCACCUUGGGAAAGGGUUGGUAGGCAUUGAGAAGCCCAAUAUCAAGAGAAGCCUUGAUACAAGGAGUUUUAAGAGCAGAUGA